GGGAAUGUAACGGUUGGUAAAUAACUCAGUGCAACGUUUCAUUCGCGGAUCCAAAGGAACGCAGCUCGGCGUCCGCAUCAGCACUACCAACUGGUCCUCAAGAGAAAAAGCAAAUAUGCAUCACUUUGCUGAAUACGCCAUUUUUGGGACGUUGAUGUGCGCCAACCUGGGACUGGGACUCUUUUUCGCGUUCAACCGCCGGAAGAAGGCCACGACUACGGAUGAGAUGUUUCUCGGAAGUCGGACAAUGCAGACGAUACCGUUGGCCAUGUCCGUCCUGGCGUCAAUGUUGUCGGCAAUUGGGAUCAUCGGAUUCAGCGGACACUACUACACCUUCGGUUUUCACUACCUGUGGAACUUCACGUCUGCGCCGCUUGUGUCAUUGAUCGUGGCUAAAGUCAUCAUCCCUGUGUUGUACGACCUCAAAGUGACGUCUGUUUUUGAGUACCUUCGGCUGCGGUUCGGGAACAAGAUUGGUCUCACAGCGUGCGCAUUGUACUUCUUCAUUAGUCAAACAGUUGGAGCUGUCGCUUUAUACGCAGCGUCUGUGGCCAUUUCAACUCUCUUCCCUGUCUCUCUUCUUUGGAGCACCGUGGCAAUUGGCGUCGCUGGAACGAUAUACACAGCUCUGGGAGGACUUCGAGGAGUUGUGUGGACAGACUGUGUGCAAUCCGUGCUCAUCCUCAUGGCUCCAAUCACAGUGGUCGUAAAAGUAGCCUUCGACGCGCAUCGAAAGAACGUCAAGCUACGUCCUUUGAGUGAUUUCAACGUGAAGGAGUACUUCAUGGAAAGCAGCCUUGACUUCACGAAGGACGAGAACGUUUGGGCCGUUUUGAUUGGUCUUUUCGUGCACAGUAUAUUUCGAUCGGGACUGGAUCAGGUAGUUGUCCAGAGGUACCUUGCUGCCAGAAAGCUGGGUGAAGCACAAAGAACGGUCUACAUCGGAGUAGCAUUGAACGCUGCUUACAGCGUCAUCAUGGGAAGCAUGGCUCUCGCUCUGGUGUAUUGGUUUCGAGACUGUGAUCCCAUGCUUUCGCGUGCCAUCUCUAAGCUAGAUCAGAUUCUGCCAUACUACGUCAAAGAAAACCUUUCUGAUUUUACGGGAUUUUCCGGGAUGUUUCUCACUGGCGUUGUGAGUGCAGCGACAAGCACGAUAUCAUCGAUCAUAAACUCCCAAGCGGCUGUCUUCUACGUGGACGUAAUUGCACCUUAUACAAAGCUUUCUGAUGCCCAAGCCACAAAGCUCAACAGGAAUUUGGCGCUUGGUUUUGGCCUUCUGAUGACGUUGUGCGCCACAGCUGUACCUUAUCUCGGCUCCGUAGUGCGGAUCAUCCUGGUGAUGCACAACGGAGCAACCGGACCCUUCGUUGGAUUAUUCCUAUUGGCUCUGGCUUUCCCGUGGGCUAACAGCAAGGGGGCUGCCGUCGCAACUUGCCUGACAACAGGUCUACAGUUCUGGCUGGUUUUGGGCAAAUUCCUGAACAACAUCCAAGCCCCAAAAAUGACAGUCACGCUUGACUACUGUCCGGCGAGCUACACCUCUCUAAUAAAGAACUCCACAAGCUUCUUCCUGACGCAAACAUCGCCUCAUGGGUCGCAAGACGCCCUUCCCUUCUACUACCUAUCAGCCUAUUGGAGUGGCCUGUUUUCUGCACUGCUCACCAUCGUGCUCGGGCUGAGUGUCAGCAUCUUAACAGGUGGAAGGAAAAAGUGCCGUGAUCAUGUGCGCUUGACUAGCGGAGCAUUUCUUGGGCUAUGGAGGAAAAUUGGACUUUUGACCGGUGAAUCUGUGGUGCCCGGAAAAGGCGCACAAGACGAACUUGCGGAUAUUCUCAAGAACGAAUUUGCCCGGGAAUACUCUCUUAUUUCGAAUCAGAGUAAUGUCUAAAUCUAGCCCAGUUGUCACAAGGAAUACUUAAUGUAAAGUUAGAAAACGUAAAACUAUAUCAUCAUCACCACCAUCGUUAUUAUUAUCAUUGUCACUGCGUUCCACAAUUCUUGUAGAGAAAAUUUAAACUCAAACUCACUUUAUUUUCGACUACACAAUUGUACAACCGACGGAAGCGUGGACAAAAAGCCAAUACAUGUUGGCUUGAGGAGGCCCAUGCCAGUCUCCUGGGCAAACGUAAACACAGUAAAAAACAAACAAAACACAGAAUUUAACUUUAGGGAACAAUAUAAAGCAAACACAAAACUUACAGAUACAAAAAUGUCUCAUUGUUACAUCUACACACGCCUCAAUAUGAUACAAAUAUAUAACUUAUGAAAUGUGGUGUUGGCGAGGUUAUGUAUUAGCAUCUGGGUUCUGUAAUUUGUACUGCUUUCUGAUAUUUUCCCAACGGCUGUAGUACAAUGGUAUACAACUUUCAAAUUCGCGUUAAAUUAGCUAUUUGGACAAUUACGUGAAUGAUCAUUUUUUAUGAUUUUUAUGAGUCUAAGUAAGGAAAAGUCAUAAAGAUGAAUAAUUGGGAUGAAGUGCACUGCUUUAAAAGGGGUUCUCUAUAUGUGUCAAAAUGAUACAUUAUUGAUGGACUCAACUGCACUUUUUUAAGAACAUGACGUUUGUUUAUGUUUGUUGCUGUUGUGGCUCCCCAAACGAGAUUACAAUAAUUCAGAUAUGAAGUGAGCAGAGCGCUGUAUAUCAGUAAUUUAAUGGUUACUAGGAGGUUUAAACUAAGCUUGCUAAGAACACCUACAGCUUUAGAAAUCUUACCGAUGAUAACUUCAACGUGGCAAUCUCAUGACAACUUUUCUUGAGAAAUUACGCCUAAAGUUUUAGCAGAAUGAACUAUCUCAAUAAGAGAUGGCCAUAUCACAUGGUUGUAGUCGAAAAUGAUAGAUUUUCUUCUUUAGUUUAAAACGCGCUGACUUAUAUUUAAAUGUGUUAUUUUGCAGUUAACUUAAUCACUGUACAUGUGUACAGUGAUUUUAUAUUGAGUUUAGCAACCAGAGCAAGCGUUCCAUUGUCAACUGCAGGACAAGAUAAACUAGUACCAUCGCCACAAAUUACGGAGGCUGCGUUGUUACUAAUUUUAAUUAUGUCCUUGAUGUAAAUAUUAAAGAAACAAGGGUGCCAAUAUACUUUCUUGAGGAACACCGGCAAUCAGAGGUAGUGAGUUAGAACACUGGUUACCGAUGACUAUAGACACUUGACGUAAUUGUAAAUAUGAAGCUACCUGUUCGAGUGUUAUACCACGGA